GAUGAAUUGGUUGCACCCGAUUGGAUAAACAAGGAAUUUUUGGAAAAAGUUUUAAGGGAAUACAAAAAUAAUGAACAAGUUGAGAUUCUCAAAUUCGAACUAAGUCCGGCCAGCAUGAAAGGUGACCACUAUGCGAGUGUCAUGUUUCGCUGUAAAGUGGAAUAUUGCCUGGGAGCUAAUUCGAUAUCCAAAAAAUCAUUGAUCAUAAAAACCAUGCCCAGUAUUGAGGGUAUGAAGCAAGAACUUUUAAAGGAAUCGAAAGUUUUCGAAACUGAAAUUGGCAUGUACACUGAAGCUUUGCCAAAAAUUGGGCAAAUUUUAAAAGAAAGUGGGGAAACAGGGGAAUUGGCAGCGCGAAUAAUUUACCACUCCUUGUCCCCGCACAAAAUCAUCAUACUCGAGGACCUUUGCGAACUGGGCUAUGAUACGAUACGUGGCCGCCUCCUAAAUGCCGCUGAAGUCAAGGCGGUUUAUUCAAAGUUGGCCAAGAUACAUGCCGUGUCCUUUAUGCUGGGCCACACUGAAAAUCACCAGGUUGUCACGAAAUUCCAAGAUGGCUUCAUGAGUAUAAGCAUUCCUCUGUUAAAGGACCUUGUGACAAAUGGUUUUAACAAUUUUAUUGAUUUAAUGGCAUCCUAUCCGGAAUUUGAAGUCUAUCGGGAAAAAUUCGAAACACUUCAACACGAUGUCCUGCCGCUGUGCAAGGAUCUAUUUAAUGCCUUCAUCAAUGGUGAACAGGGGAUAUUUGUUUUAAAUCAUGGAGAUUUUCAUAUGAAAAAUCUAAUGUUUAAAUUCAACAAGCAAUCGGGGGAAAUGGAGGAUGUAAUUUUGUUGGAUUAUCAGGCCAGCUGUUUUGGUCCCUCCAACAUUGAUUUGCUGUAUUCAUAAUUUCUGAUGUUAAGUCCGGAACUGCGUAUGAAACGUAAUGAAUUAUGCGACAUUAUUUCAUGGAGUUUUCCAGGAUAUUGAAGAAAAUUAAUUUUAAGGGGCAUGUGUCCAAGUAUUCGGAAUUUCAAAUGUCGGCGCUGAAAUAUCGACAUUUUGCUAUCUAUGUCCUCGUGGUUAUAUAUCCCAUGGUUGCUGGCUUUUGGGAUAAACCUGUUGAGGAGUUGAAGGAUACGAAUACCGCUGAAAUGAUUGAAAACCCUGACAUGCUUGCAACCACCUACAAGAGACCAGAAUUUGUCGAGGAAAUGCGUCAAUUGUUGCCGAUGCUAUUGAAUGAGGGUUAUCUGGACUAAGUUCUUUUUGUUAAAUUCAUGGAA